AUGACGUGGAGGAGCCCUCUUGCCCUUGUGAGGGAUGCUCUGAGAGGUCAGAGGGCACGGGAGAAGGACCUCCGCAACCUUGUGUCUAAUCUGCCUUAUGAGGGCCUGGAGAAGGGGAAGCAACCAAACCGCCACUUUGCUGGGAACGCCAUCAAGACCACCAAAUACACACCUCUCCUCUUCAUCCCCAUGAACCUCUUUGAGCAGUUUCACCGCCUGGCAAAUAUCUACUUUGUGGGUCUGGCUAUCUUGAACUUUGUCCCGGUAUUGAAUGCCUUCCAGCCUGAGGUGGCUUUGAUCCCCAUCUGUGUCAUUAUGUCUCUGACGGCCCUGAAGGACGCCUGGGAGGACUUUAGGAGGUACCAGUCAGACAAGAAGCUCAACAACACCCCAUGCUUCAUCUACAGCAGGUAAAAAAAACUCUGAUAAACAUGCUGAGCUGUACAUGCACAAUGUGGCAUGUUGAAACACUCCUGCUGCAUUCAAGGAACUUCAUAUCUGUGUUAAUGAUUCUUAUCAUCCUCUGUGUCUGUGUGUACAUCUGUGUCAUUGUGUGUGUGUGUGUGUGCGUGCGUGUGUGCGUGAUUUAUCUCCUCUGUGUUAUGGCCCCUUUGAGAAUGUGAGACUUGAAUGUGUGGCAGCUUAUCGCUUUCUAUUUUUAUUUAUUUUAUCCUUACAACAUCACUCACCAUCACAUUGUGCCCAUUUGAUGCAAUUGUCAUCUGGGCACUGUGUCAGCAAAGAGUGAGGUUAGAGGUAAUCUGUUUUUGUAUUAUUAACCCUUAAAUGCCUUUUGUAUCAUAUUUGAUACAUACUUUUAUUAUACUUCUAUCAAAAGAAUAUGAUCAACAAAUUAACACAAAAAAAAAACACACCUGAAUACAGUCCAAUAAAUGAUAAAAAUGUCCUCUUAUGGUUUAUCAGUUUUCAAAAACAUCUAAUGUAACAAACGAGAUGAAUAAAUAUAUUUGUUAAAUUUUAAGGACAUUUUGGUUUUGGGGGUUUUCAGUAGUAAGUGAAAUAAACAUUUCAGCUUCCAAAAAAUUUAAUUUUCUGGCCAUAAUUUGUGGUUUCAGAGAUUAAAGGGCUACUGAAAAAUGAAUACAUCAUAAAGGAGGACACACACAUUUUCAAACCCUUUCACUGCUGUGAUUUUUGGAGCAGAGUAGACCAAGGGUGAGGGGCUGAGAGCACCCCCAAUGAUGAAUCCUCAGAGAUUCAACCACUGUGAGGGUCUUUAAUCAACCUGCAGUUUCCAGCUUUCAAACCCCCUGCAUCAAGCUGCAUCAUGUCUGUGAGUCUGUGAGUGCGUGUGUAAGUCCAGGUGUUUGACGUGCCGACUCCUGAUGCAGCAUUUUUUGGACAUUUUUGGAAAACUUGCUAGUCCCUUUAGGCCUGUUUGUAGACUCCUGUUGUCUUUCACGCAAUCAGACUACCAGCGGCUGAUGUGUGUUGAGCUGGCUCUUGUGGGUGUCCCACGUCUCCCUGGGUAAGGGUGCUAAAACUCAGUUUUUGGCUUGUAAAGAUUAGUACUCCAUUGAUUUGCUGCGAUUACUUUGAAGUAUACAAAUGUUUCCCAAAGAAGCACCAGAAUAAAUUUGGGGCUGCUGCAUAUGUCUUAUUCAGUCUUUCACAGUGAACCUGAUCAAUUUUGAGUUUUAACAUGGUGAAAAAAAAACUACUGUAGUGCAUGUGAAUAUCCACACUACAGAUUUAAUCUCAGCCCUUCAGACAUUCACAGAUGCGUGUUUUCAUCUCCCAUCAGCCUUUACCUGCUUGUUGUUGUCAAAGAGGUGUGAAGUGUGUCUCUUUCAACAUGGAGUGGCUCAUCUUCAGGGCUUUUCUCUAACUAUCUCAUUCCCAUCUCCAACUCUUGACAAUUCACACCUGCACUAAAACACACCGAACAGGAAACAUCCUGAAUGAUAAUCUUGCUGAUAAAAUGACAACAUGUUUUGUUUUGCUGCUGCAGAGCUUUACAUAUCUGCAACCGGUGAGUGUAUCCUGUUAAGUAUUUUUCUUUCUUACCCAGUGUUUUUCAUGGCUAAAGUUUAAUUUGAAAAGCAAAUACAAAUGUGUGGUAUUAAUCUCCUUUCAGUUCUUUUAUAUUUCUACAAUGCAAAAUCACAAGUUAUCUCAUGACUCAUCCAAGCAGGUUCAAACUGUCUUUAGGUUUUCCUCUAAGUGCUGACAUACAUUUAAAAACGUCUUUGCAUGUCAGAAUAGUUUGUGUGACAGCUAAUUACAAGCUUUCUGGAAAUGCUUACUGGCAUGUGAUCGGUGUACUUCUUACAAGAAGUAUUUGUGCAACCUGGUAUGUCAAUUUUAACACAACAUACUAAAAAUACACAACCCACCCCCCUCUCCUCACCCCGGGCUUUGUUUGGGGUGAGGUGUGGUAGCCACCCGAUCAGGUCCUACAUGCAGGGCAGCAUACCAGCAUCUCUCUGUCACUGCUUGUGUGUUGUAACAUGAAGGCUUUCUGGCAAACAGGGUCGGCUCCUGAUGUGUUUAACACCAGCUCUCCCUCUUAUACAAGUUUCCUUUUUCUUUUUCACACAGCAUACAUCUGGGCGGCCCUCCAAAAACAACAGCAUUGAUUUUUGAUUUGGUUUUAUUGUUUAUUCCUUAGCUUAAGCAGCUGCUAUGAUUUUCUUAUCCAUAACAUUCUUACACACCCCUUGCGAGCCAAUAUUUCAUUUGAUCGCAUAAACAUAGACAAAAACUGCCCACUGUGCCAAUAUUGCAGUUAAUAAUGACUUUAUAAAACGAAUGGCGGUAAAUGUUGGUGCCCGUCAUGUUUCGUUUCAGAAAAGAGAAGCAGUUUGUGGAGAGAAGAUGGAGGGAUGUGCGAGUGGGAGAUUUUGUGAGGGUGGAGUGCAAUGAGAUCGUCCCUGCAGACCUCUUGCUCAUGCACACAUCAGACCCCCAUGGUAUGUGUUACAUAGAGACGUCCAAUCUGGAUGGAGAGACCACCCUGAAGCAGAGGCGGGUUGUGUCUAGCAUCUGUAUCUCAGUGAGUAAAACCCUCUUUUUUAAGUAGGUUUCGUUUCUCCCCUGUGUUUCAUUACCUGCCUUUUCUCCCCCUCAUGACUGACAUCUUACAUACACCAUAAGAGUGAUUGUUUCCUGUCCUGACAUUACCUACUGAACAGUUACCGUCAAUGCACCUCUCUAAGUGUUGACAGAUAGAAAACACAUACCUGUUGGAUAGCAUACCUGAAAUGAAUACUUGCGGACUAUGCUUGUCCUCUCUGUGGUCAAUAACCAUUAUGCCUGUCUGGAUGCACAGGUUGAGUUACAUUUAUAAAAAUUUCCAUCCUUUCUGUGGUGACUUUAACUCUCUGUUAUUCCCAGGAUCCUGAGUUUGAACCUGAGAAUUUCAACAGCAUCAUAGUGUGUGAAAAGCCAAACAACAAUCUGAACCAUUUCAAGUGUUUUGUGUGAGUAUCAAAUGCACCAAUCACACGUGAUUCCCAAAACAGCUUCUUUGGGCCUUUCAGAGCAACCGAGCAAAACUAAUUUCAUCCCACUCGCUGCACUUUCUGAUGCCUUCAGAGGCAUUAUUGGGGCUGUAAUAGACUAUAAUCGAUUUCCUCGGGCACCGCGGCUCUUACAGCCAGUCUGCCCAUUCUGUCCAGCUAUGCUAGUAAAGCAGGAGAACAGCUAAUGGGAAACAUAUAAGCAGUAAUGAAUAUCUAACAAGAUCUGACAGUACUACUUUCUCCUUCUGCUGCAGAGAGAAACCAGAUAAGGAGAAGGUGGGUGCUGGGAUCGAGAGUCUGCUGCUACGAGGCUGUACAGUGAGGAACACAGAGCACGCUAUUGGCUUUGUGGUGUAUGCAGGUGCUGCUUCACUUCUUUGACAACCAGCUUAACAUUUAUUGCUGCCAAAAGCAUGUUUUCAUCUUCUGUCUAGAUCAGUGGUUCUCAAGUCCAGUCCUCGAGGCCCACUGUCCUGCAUGUUUUGGAUGUUUCCCUGCUCCAACACACCUGAUUCAAAUGAUCAGCUCGUUAUCAAGCUCUGUCAUGGCUUCAUAACGAGCUGAUCAUUUGAAUCAGGUGUGUUGGAGCAGGGAAACAUUCAAAACAUGCAGGACAGUGGGCCUUGAGGACUGGACUUGAGAACCACUGGUCUAGAUUAACCCAGCACAACCCCACAAGACAAGACAUCAAAAUUUGUAACACGUCACUAAGAGAAUUGUGCAUUUAACUAGCUCCUUUGUUGGCCACUGAUCAUAUGUAGAGAGUUUGCUGGUGACUGAAUCAACUUCUUUUCGUCUGACCUUUCAGGACAUGAAUCCAAGUCCAUGCUCAACAUCAACGAGUCAAGAUACAAGCGCAGCAAGCUAGAGCGGAAGCUGAACAUAGACGUCAUCUUCUGCGUCAUUCUCCUCUUUACCAUGUGUCUCAUUGGAGCAGUGGGUCAGUAAUGGAUUACACAACUUGACUAUCAAAUCAGAACUGAGACAGGGCUGUGAUUAAUGCUUUUACAUUAGUAAAGUGACAUUUAAUUUCCAGCCACAAAAAAAAAAAGUCAUUCACCUUGGCUAAAGACUUGAACACAUACCAGGAGAUGAAGGAGGGGACAGGAGAAGGCGUGGUGCCAAAAGAUAGCUUCUCCUUACAAGACACUUGCUGUGAUUAAUCCUUGUGUCCUCACACCUGCAGGUCACUACUUGUGGCUGGAAGCGCUGCCUGGUGUGCCCCCUUACCUGGUCCCUGACAGCAGCGGUCACCUGGACAGUCCCAGUCUAUCGGGUUUCUACAUGUUCUUCACCAUGAUCAUCCUGCUGCAGGUGGAGGAGACUUACCGUGUUUGUUAUAGAGAGAUAAGAUAAGAUAAGAUAAGAUGAGAUAAGAAGAACUUUAUUUGUCCCUGAGGGGAUGUUCCAUUUGAUUAAUGACUACUACACAAGGAAAGAGUCUUCAUAUCAAAAUGUUUUAUAUCCUUCUCUUCUGCAGCUUCUCAUUUCAUCCCUUUUUUUCCAAAAAUGCUCUCAUCUUUUUCCUUUUCUGGUCUCUUCCUCCUUUCACCUUUUGACCUCCUUUACUUCUUUCUAAUUUCCUUCUCUCCAUCUGUUGUUACUUCUCUCUUUAUUUUUUUAACUCUUUCUUUCUUUUAAUAAUAAUAAUGCAUCAGAUUUUUUAUAUAGUGCUUUAUCAGACACCCUCAAAGCACUUUACGUCAUUCAUCCGCUCACACAGUCACACCAUGGUGAUGGUAAACUAUUGUAGUAGUCACAGCUGCCCUGAGGCAGACUGAUGGUAACGUGGCUGCCAGUUUGCCCUCUCUGACCACCGCCACACAACACUCACAUUCAUACACCAGUGGAGGACACACACAUUGGGAGUAAAGUGGGUUAAGUGUCUUGCCCAAGGACAGAACGGACAGACUAGGGAUAGGGGGGAAUCUAACCACCAACCCUCCAGUUAUUGGACGAUUGCUUUACCUCCUGAACUACUGCCGCCCUCUUCCCCUUUUCCCUCUUUUUCCUUUAACCUCUUUCCUUUUUGUUCCUUUUACACCUUCCAUUUCCUUUUUCCUUUCCCACCUUUCUUUUCUUUCUUUUAUUUCUCUCCCUUCCUUUCCCCACCCUAAGCCGUCCAUCCAAUUUCUUUCCUCUCCUUUAGCUUCACCUCCUUUUCUCUCUUUCAUUUCCUUUUCUUUCCUCCUGUACUUGUAUUUCUUUUACUUUCUAUCUUUUCCUGUCCUCAUUUCCUUUUCUUUGUUUACUUUCCUUCUUUUCCUCCAUUUCCUUCCUUCCUUUCCGGAUUCUUUCUGUAGUCCCUUCUUCCUUUCCUUUUCUCGCUCUUUUCCUUACCUUUAUUUCCUUCCCUCCUCUUCUGUCUUUUCCAUAUUUUAUUUUCUUAUUUUCUUUUCAUCUUUUCUUGUCGUUCUUUUCCUCCAUUUCCUUCUUUUUUAGUUCUUUUCCUUUUUUCCAUCUCUCUUUAUCUCUUAUUCCCCUUUUCUUUUUAACUCCCUUACUCGGUCCUAAAACUGCCUAAUUUGCAUCCCUUUCUUCUUCUAUCACUUCUUUCAUUCUUUCUCUCUUAGUUUUUAAUUUUUACUUGUGUAUCUAUCCUCAUGUCGUCUCUUCUUUCUCUUCAUUACUUUCCUUUUCUAUCCUUCUCUUAUCUACUCUCCCUUAUUCCUUUUCUAUGUGCCUCCUGUUUCUCUCCAUGCUUUCUUCUUUUUUCUCAAUUUUUGUCCUCUUCACCUUCCCUUUUCGUCUUUUUUUUGUCCUCCUUUAGGUCUUGAUUCCCAUCUCUCUCUACUUAUCCAUUGAGUUGGUGAAGAUUGGUCAGCUUUUCUUCAUCACUAACGAUGUCGAUCUGUAUGAUGCGGACACAAACAGCCGCAUUCAGUGCAAGUCCCUGAACAUCACGGAGGACUUAGGACAGAUUCAAUAUGUCUUCUCAGACAAGACUGGCACCCUGACUGAGAACAAGAUGGUGUACCGCAGAUGCUCCGUCAUGGGCACUGAGUAUCCUCACAAAGAGAACGGUGAGAGUUUGUGUUGAGUUAUUUUGUCUGAUAAAGUCUAUCAUGUAUGAGAAUUGGGACCUGAUAGAUUCACUGUUGAGUUUUAAAAGGUUAGUUUGUGGCUCUUAUCUUCCUACAUUGCUCCUUAACUGUUAACUCCUGACCAAGACCUGGUUAUCUAUUUUUUUCCAGCUGACUAGCUGUUUAAAGCAACACUUUAUAUUUGUCAGGUCUGCAAUAUGUUGCGUCCUCAUCUUCUCAUCAACGGCUAACUAUAUCUCUGGAUGCUGUAAAGGUUUAGAUUUGGUUAAGCUGAAUGGGGAAACCUCAUUUAGAGUCCUUACAUUCCUAACCUGAGAUACCUGGCCUUUUUUAAAGGCAGUGCAGAACAUGAUAACUGUUGUUAUAUGCUGACAAUUUAUUGUUUUAUGGAGCUGACUACUCACUCUGCAUUGUGACAUUACAACACCAAGUUGUAAACUUUGUGGGUGAUGUGUUAAAAACUGGGAAUAUUUUUCCCACCAAUAAGAAUUGAAUUUAAAAAAAAAGAAAAAAAAUGAAUUUAAAAAAGGUUUCUGAAUAUUUUUGAGAGGCUGAAAGUUUUUCACAAUUCAACCUGUAUUUGAAACUAUGACCUUCCGUUGCUCCUUUAUUGAAUCUUACCACUCUAAAUUGAAAAAUAAUAAUGAUCCUGUUAACAGUUUAAGAUUCUGGAUGUGACCCUGCAAAAAGUCUAGAGUUAUUUGGUGAACAUGUUGCCAGCUGGUCAGUCUUAGGAUUUGUUCAAAAUCAAGGGGACUUAUGCACAUUACAGAAUUUAAUGGCUUAUUUAUUUAGUCUAUUUCACUUUUAAAAAGACCAGUUUGGUCUUUUGAUGUUACAGUGUUGCUCACUUUAGUACAGUACAAAUUACUCAGAGUUAAACAUGUAUCCUAUUUUGAGAUGUACAUGAUAUUUCAGGAUGGUGAUGUGAUCCUGUAACUCUAUCUCCCACCUCUAAACGUGCUGCAUGUCUCAAAAUAUUACAGCCAUCCGCCUCGCAGUCCUUGAAGGUGAAGAAACAGAGGAAAAUAUCCUUUUCAACCAAAAGACACGACCUGUGAAGACCGGAUGGUCACUGGAUGCUGAGGAUAAAAAUUCUGAUGACACACAUCAACACAAACGUGGCGGACGCAGGGGCAAGCUCUCAAGAGGUGCCUCCAGUGAUGCAGCCUUCAGCAGUGAACUGGUAAAAUGAUCAUGAACAAAGGCAGAUAUUUCAAUCAGAGGCUGCUGUGGGUUUGGAUUUGCCAAGGAACUUUAAUUUUUUAAUUUAAUUUAGUGGUAGUGAAACACUAAUGUCCAUAACAGUAUUAACAGUGUACUUAUCAUUAAAGGAGAUUGAGCUUCCCCCCAUUCGUUUCUUAUGCUUGGAUAGUGUCAUGGCUGUGGGGGUUGGACACUGUGUACUUAUGGGUUGGGUGAGGGGCAGGUUACAUACCGGACAGGUCUAGCACAGGGCUGACAAGGUUAUCAUGAUAAGAAUCAUUAGCAAUGAAGAGGAUUUGUUACAGUGUCUGUCACUUAGUACAGUGGGAUUACAUUUCUUGUGCUAUGGAGUAAGUCUGAGUUUAUAAAUGAAACGGUAACACUUUACUUGAUGCAUAUCUCUAUAACCCAUUGUAAAUAUAUGUAUAAUGUGUUAUAAUCAUGUUAUAGCACUGUAUAAUUAUACUUAUAAACACUCAUACAUGAUCAUGAUGCUUUAUGACAAUAAUCAUAACACAUUUAAAAGCAUUUUACCAUGACUUACAAGGUCAGGUAUUGUAAGGUAUAACUGUUAACACCUCACUGAUAAUGCCCACAUAGAUAAUGCAUUACAUUUAUGAUGUGUUAUAAUUUGCUUAUAAACUUGUAUAACUAUCAUUAUAAACACUCAUUAAUUAUCAUAAGGCUUUAUAGCAAUAAUCAUAACACAUUAUAAUACCUGACCUUGAAAGUCAUGAUAAAAUGCUUUAUAAUGUGUUGUGAUUAUUGCUAUCAAGCCUUGUGAUAAUUAAAGAGUGUGUAUAAUGAUAGUUAUACAAGUUUAUAAGCACAUUAUAACACAUCAUAAAUAUAUGCACAAUGCAUUAUCUAUGUUGGACUUAACUCAGUGAGUCGUAACAGUUAUAACACAUUACAAUACCUGACCUUGUUAGUCAUGAUAAACAGUGCUAUAUUGUGGUUAUAAUGCAUUAUACAUAUAUUUAUGAUGCCUUAUAGAGAUAUAAUACGUUAUAAUAAAAUACUGACUGUCUGGCCUGACCAGAAAUUAUUAAUCAUGUUCUUUCUCCUAGAGUUGAAGGUCUAAAUUUAAUAUCAUAGGACGUCAAACUGACAUUUGUUUACCAAAAUCUCACCCAUCCCUGAGUAAAAAAAAAACUCAUGGUCUAAGUCCUUGCUGCAGAUGGCUGAGCGGCUAGGUGUCAUGAUGAGCACAUCCAUUUUGGCUCAGAGUUACCCCUGUGUCUAUGACAGGACAUAUGGUCAAGCUGGGCACAAUUUGGCACAGAACAUUGAUCUCACGUUAACUGUAAACGUGCAGCUAUAGAUUAGUCACCUUCAUCUCGAUCUACAGUGGAGUAGCUCUGGGGCUAUUUUUGUCCAUGGGGGUAAUAGGGCAGAAGCCUGGAGAUACAGGAUGAGACAGAAAAAGACUUGUGUUCAUUCCAGGAAAAGCUGCACAGGGCCCAGCUUUCAUUUUUCUCAUGCUGUGGCUCUAAAAUAGAGCUGUAUUACUGUGAAUGAAAACCUCCUCUUGUAAUCUUUUACUCUACACAGGCAAACAAAAGUGGAUCAAAAGGUUAAAAGCCAAAAACUUCUUCUAAUCCUGUCCUUUCCGAAUCGUGGAAAGCUAAGCAUUAGCAACAAACAGCUUCUUUAAUUAAAACACUGAUUAAGUUUUACUCCACAGGAAACUGAGGUGAUUCCAGACAGGAAGCUGCUUCAGCAGAUAAGCAGGGCGCAGAGCAGCAGCAGCAGCAGGGGGAAGAUUGAUCCUUACCUGGACUUUUUUCUGGCUCUUGCCAUUUGCAAUACGGUGGUGGUUUCCAUGGCAACAGCUCCAAGACAGAGGGUGAGUGCUCAGUCUAUUGCGGCUGUGUAAGGGAAGUAGAGAUGGAGGGCACAGUCAAGAGAGAAAAGAUGGAUGUAGUAUCGGUUGUCAUGACACUGCUAUUAUGUAACCUAUUGAAACAAAAACAAACUUUUUAUCCACAUGACACUUUACAGGCUCUAUUGAUUCAUUGUUUGAGGAUUUUUUUAUUCCAUUCACAUGUGUAUGUAUCAUCAUUCAAUCAAAUACACACACGAUUUCACAAAAAUUGAAAUUCUAUGUUCUUAUUAAAGAGAUUUUGUGUUACUGACAGAUUUUUCUAACUGCUAUGCUUGAAGUUUCUAUUCUUUCAUCAGGAAUCAGUGCUAAUGUUUUUCAUCUUUCAAGCCCCAGUUGUAGAGAUUUUACUGUUCACUGAAUAAGCCACAUAGUAAAGAUAAUACAUAAGGGAAAUCAGGGUUGGUUUUAUUAAAUUUAGUGCUCAGUGCAGCUAACUGUGCUGUUCUGAGGUCUGGCAGAUGGGAGAAAUACGUGGAGUUUCCCUUGAGUGUAUGAUUUGAGGGAAAAGCGCCAAAACAGACAAAGUGAAAAAGGUUGUCAAGGUUUCACCAUAUGGGUGUCUGGGAAAGAAAGUUCAUUUUAGACCAUUUCAUAACAGAUCAAAUGUUUUUUUUUUCUGUUGUUGUCAUUUUUUAUCAGGUGAGAGGGUUUCCACACUCCACUAAGACAGAAAGUCCAUUGGAUUCUCUGUCUACCUGGAUGAAAAAGUCAGCUACCCUUUGUAAUAUAUUCACCUCCUGUAAGCGCAAGCCAAAGAGAAACCGCACCUUCACAGAGGACUCAGUGAUAGAGGAAGACCACAUUAACACCCCUGUUAAAACAGAGGGGUCUGGACUCCAAAGAAGUUCACUCCACGCUUCCUCUCAGCCAAACAAACUUGCCAUUACCACAGAUAAUCUGAGCUAUGAGGCAGAGAGUCCAGAUGAGGCUGCCUUAGUGCAUGCUGCUAAGGCAUAUGGCUUUAUCCUGCUGGCCCGCACCCCUGACAGCGUGACGGUAAGGCUACCAUCUGGGGAGGAGCUGGUGUUUGAGGUGCUGGACACCUUGACCUUUGACUCCACCAGGAAGAGAAUGUCUGUUUUGGUGCGACACCCAGUCACCAAAGAGUAUGUGCUGUACACUAAAGGUGCAGACUAUGCUAUCAUGGAGCUACUUGGUACUCCAUAUGCAGGUAAACAUACAUUCAUAGCACAUGAGUUGAAUUAUGUAACUUUAAGGAUAAAGAAUGUUUAUGUAGUGGUCAAUUUUAAUACUGUCUCAAAUAAUUUUCAGAACAUCUCAGUGGAAAUCAGAAGAGUAUAGCAGCAGACACUCAGUACCACCUUGACUGCUAUGCUAAAGAGGGACUGCGAACACUUUGCUUUGCAAAGAAGGUGCAUAAACAUACUGAUAUACAGUGUUAACCCGCAUUAACGUCAUACCACAGGAGCGCUGUUUUAUUGUUUGUAUGUGCUGCAGAUUGUGAGUGAGGAGCUGUAUAAAAGCUGGUCAGUGAAUAGACAAAGCGCCCUGGCUGCAAUGGAGAACAGAGAGGAGCUUGUAAUGGACUCUGCUGUUCAGCUGGAAACAAAUCUCUCCCUGCUCGGUAACACACAUCAACCCAAAAUACUAUUGCUAUUGAGUAACACCUCAAAAACAUGCACAUGAUUUUCUAUCGUGCCACAGUUUGAUGUCUCGUUCUCCUGCAGGGGCAACGGGCAUCGAGGACCGUCUGCAGGAGAGUGUCCCAGACACCAUCAUGGCACUGCGGGAGGCAGGGAUCCAGGUGUGGGUGCUGACUGGUGACAAGCCGGAGACAGCUGUCAACAUCGGCUAUGCCUGCAGGCUACUGGAAGAGGAGGACCUGGUGAUUAACAUGAGCUGCAAAAACAAGGUGAGGAGGCCGCAGUUUGCCUCACUGAGGGUUGACUGUAUGACUCAGAGCAGCUUUUGUUUGUAGCUACAUUGGAAUCAUUAAUGUCAAUUCCUGAUGUAUAUUUUACACCUCAAUAAAAAAUAUAGGUCAGUAAAUUACAUAUAGAAUAAAAAUGAUUCAGUGACAUAGUACAAAAAAAUCUAGUUUUCUAGCUGAGUAUGUUAACCACUUGCAUGUUAACAUGGUAAAAAUAUGUAGCUUUAGACAGUACCAAGUUGGUUUAGCCUAGUUUAGUGUAAAAGUAAGAGACACUACUUUAUUGUAUUGAAAGACAACAAAAUCUUAGCAACAUCAUUCAAAGCCCAAUUUUACCAUCACAACAGAUUUAAAGCUUGGCUUAGAAAACUUUAAAAAGCCAAACUUUAAAAAGGAUGACUACUUUCUGUUAUUCUUCUGUGCAUAACAGUAGCUUGCUAGUUUUGACUUUUUGUGCUGAUAAGAAUAGGCAUGUGGUCCUAGAGGGCAAUUGGACAGGAGAUAUGAACACUCAAGUUAAAGACGCCAGAAUAUUUUGUUGAAUUUCAACAAAUAGCUUUAAUAAGUGAGACUUACAGGUGUACAGGGUUAAGUAUGUAUGCUCACAGCUAAUUGCAGAAAAAUUUUACAGUGUGUAGCAUUUAGGAGAGUAGACAUUGUAGAAUACAAUAUGAUAUUCAUAGCUUCAAUUAGUUUAAAAUUACCUGAAUAUAAGAAUAAUUUCGUUUCCACUUACUCAGGGUGGGUCUUUUGUCUACAUGAAAUUUCCCCUUUCCACUGAGGCCAUCAUCUUGCACCACCAUGUUUCUACAGUGACACAGUGGUUACACACGCAUGUCUGUUUUUAGUGAGUGAUAACUCAAAAUUCACCAAGUGUAAGACAAAGAAGACAGUGGUUGUUGAAUGCAAAAUAAUUUGUUAGACGUACUUGAAGGUCAAAAUUUAACUCUUGGGGGAUCAUACUUGUCAUAUAUAAAAAAAUCAGACCACCACCUAUCACUAAAUAUUCCUGUUUUCACAUAUUGUACCUUUUAUAACUUUAGUGCCAGCAAGGAGGUACCAAACAGCUAUACUUUUUAUACAUAUUGUGCCCCUUGUGGCACACUGUCAGCCACACCACAUACUGUAGAGCUAUCGACAUGUGCCAUAUGUAUAUAGUAUGGCAUGCCAACUUUUCAAUGUUGCUGUACAUGAGACAAGACUAAUGCUUGAAUGCUGAAAUAUCCCUUUAGAAGUUGUGUUCAAUGAGUGCUCUAUCUUUGAAAUACACAGUUUCAGAUUAGGGUUAUUGUGAUUACUUCAAUUUGUUGAUGUCACGUUCAGCCAUUGACAAAUGAGACAAAUUCUUGAAUGAGAUUGGAAAUAAAGCAAAAUAAGAUCUGCAUUGAGAGAUAUAAAAUGGAACUGUUUUGUGAUUGUUUGUUAAUGAUCCUGUGACUGUUAAAUGACUUUCAUAAAAAGCUUGUGACAUUCACCAAAUAAGGCAAUCAAGAGAGGACAAGUAUAAUUAUUUUAGAUUUUAUGAGGCCUUUUAUCAAUUUAGUUACUUCCUAACUGAAGUUAUAGGCCCACCUGGGUUAUUCUUUCAAAAUCAAUUAAAAGAAUAAUACCUGUAUUUUUUUUCACUGUGUGAAGAUGUAUGUGUUGUUAAAACUGAUGAAUAAGGGAAACCAGUGAGGACCUGUGGCAGUAGAAGCUAACAAGUAGUACAAAUUCUGUUUAAUAUUGGCAUUUUUGAGACAAAACAAGGCAAUCUCUCAUUUUUAUUUCACCAAUCAGAUACAGCAAGUUUUAGAGAAAGUACUCCCUUAUUUGAUGGUUUUUCAGAACAAGUCAUGUGUUUUCCAAGCGAUGGGUUCAAGAGGUUUUUACCUUUUAGCUUGACUUGAUCCAAUUUAAAUGGCCAAACCUUUUUGACCACUUUUACAUUUUAACUAAAGGUCAAACCCUCACAUUUCCACCUGAGAAAGAUAAGGUGUCAGGUGCAGGCCCUGCUUCUUUAAGGUCAUUAAAGAUGUGGUAGCACAGGAAGGAGCCCUUCAUAACAACCUGACCGCUCCUCAUCAUCCCCGGCCUCAAAUAGACCAAAAUUACCUGUCGGCUCCAACAGAUGCACAGGGAGCUUUCCGGAACAAAGAGACGGCUCCUCUCAGAUGGGACCAGUCAUUCAUGAUGAAUGGAGUCAGAUACCCCCAAUACAAUAUCUGCUGCUUUCAUAUCUAAUUACCAGUCUAAUAUUCAACACUCAGAGGAAAUACCGCCUCGCUCAUGAUGCAGAGUGGAGGCAAAUUGGUAAUGAACUAUUUUCAACACUGUAACUCGAUGACCAUCUGAGGGAUGCAUUCCCACAGUCAUCACCAAACCACACAUAAUAAAAUUCAGACACCAUUAGCAUUGUAUAAAAAUGGGAUUUGACCCAAUUUCUUUUGUCAAUGCAGUCUUCUGCUCAGUGAACAGGCUGGAGUUAUUUACACACACAACAAUUAUGAGGCUGAUGGGGCCAGAGCCUCGUAAUGCAUGAGUAUGAGUCAACAGUGAAGUACCUGCACAUAAUCUGUACUCUGCAGCAGAGAAGAUUGGUUUUGUCUUUGAGUUGUACCUACUUUUGCUAUGAUUCUUUUUCUUUUUUAUAUGUUUCUUUGGAUCUUUAGGGAUGCCUUGGGCUGUUUUCUGUGUAGACCAGGGGGCAAUAAGUUGUGCAACCUGGUUAUUAUUUAAAACAUUUUUGAAUUUCUAGGUUUAUAAUUAAUCAAAAACAGUUUAAAAUGCUCACUCUGUGUAUCCUGUUGGACAAUCGACUAAAAUAUUUAACUGCCUUAUUUUUCCCACUGUCUCGGUGCUUGAUUUUCCUUUCACAUUAGGCAGGAAACUGACCUUCAUGUCAACAUGAUUAUCUUAACUAUUGGGGAUUUAUUUUUUAAGCAGAAGUUCAGUUAGAAAUGUGAUCAGCAAAAUAAACAGAUGUUGUCUUCCAGCUUGCAUGCACCUCCAUCUUGGACUGCACAUUAGAGGAGGUGAGGAGGUACAGUGCAGAUCCUCGUAAUGUGGACACAACCCAGGAUAUCUCUCUGGUGAUCGAUGGACGGACCCUGACCAUGGUCCUGUCGUCAGAUCUGCAGGACCGCUUUCUGGAGCUGGCCAAGUGCUGCCGCUCUGUGCUGUGCUGCAGAGUGACGCCCCUACAGAAGAGCAGAGUGGUGAAGGUGGUCAGGGAGAAGCUCGAGGUCAUGACUCUUGCUGUUGGUAAGGAACUCGAGCUGUUGUUCUCUUGUUAAUCUUUUUUUUUUCUCUGCUUUUUUAAUGCAUCUGACUUUGAUGCAAAACACUAUCAAGAAUGAACAGUUGUAUAAUAUGGUUUACACUUAAAUAACACACAAUACUUGAAAACGUGCCACAAAAACAUGGUGAGUAGUGUGUUAAGUUUUGCAUAAUGAUAACUUUCAAAUGUUCCAUAAAAUUAGAAAUAGUACAUUUAUGAUAAGUAAGUACCGUGGUAAUAAUAUUUUGCAAAUAGUAAAACUUGUGUAUGUUUGAGCUCCAGAGUAAAAAAGGGGUUUUGAGGUCAGUUAUCUCACAAGAAAGACAAAGAGAAAUACUAAAAGUACCAUCAGGAAUCCUAAAGAUGUUUUUUUUCUACUUUUUCAGGUUUUCUUAUCUUGUUCUGAGUCAUUGAACCUCUUGAGAAAUUUAUUGUUGGGUCUUAGGGCUCUAUUUUCGUUCGCGCCGGUGAGGCGGCGGAGGGCGGCGAGCCCCGCGCAGUUGUAUUUUCGUCUGGCGGAGCCCAGCGUAAGGCCAAUUUGGUAUUUUCGUGGCAUGAGCCGCACGGAGGCGAGCCGAGAUCCGCCAAGCUGGGCGUGGUGGUGUGGCAGGGGGAGGUGUCAACAGAAUCAGCUGGCGCAGUGACAUUUUCGUGCUCGCCAACGGCGUGUAAAGUGCGCUGAAAGCUCGCCGAUUCAAACCUGGUCAGCUUUCAGCGCAAGGCGGAACGCAGCUGGUCUAGUAGUAUUUUGGUAGACCGGCGGCGUAUCGACAUACGUCACUGAUGCCUCACCGGCAGGUUUCCACAGUGUCAGGCACAUUUCAGUGCAAUAAAUAAUCAUCAUCAACUAUUAAUCUGAGUCAGCACAUACAUUUAGAUCUAUAUCGAUAUAUUCUGAUCUAUAUGUGAUCUGAUGAGCGCGUUUGGCACGCGUUUGGACACACAACCUGACCGAAUCAACACAGCUGAAACCGCAUAAAAUUAAAUUAAAUAUCUAGUAAAUAAACACACAUGAUGAAGUUAACAAGAUAUGUAAUGUGUCUCCCUCCUUUUCUUUCUUCCUCUUCCUCUUAUUUCUCGCACAGCUCGACCUGGACACGCCUCCGUGUCCUCUGUCCGUCUUGCUGCUGCUGCAGCUGAACAGAUGAUUUGUUUCAGUGCUCAGAUGCGUUAUCUACUUUAAGCCGACAUACAGAUAUUAUAAUAUUCAGUUUUGUUGGCCAAAUUUAUUUUAUAUGCCAACAUCUAUGAAAGAAAGAGCCAGGCCACGGAGCGCGAUGCGUCAUUUACGCACAGAUGGUUCCGAUUUUAAUGCCAUUUUUGGAGUUUAUGUUGUGAUCUGUGCGCAAAACCCACCUUUGUUACGUGAGGUUUGAAUAUGAGCAACUUUAUGUGAGUGUCUUUAUUUGUGGAAAAGGGUGUUUGUCUUACCAGUGGGUCCAACAUUACACACACCAAAUCCAUCUGUGCUCAUAUGAGAGAGUGUGGAGGACACUUGUUGAGGAGCUGCCCUCUGUCGCCAUCUUGUGGCAUUACUGUCUUAAGACAUCUCUUGAUCUCUUUGACUACUUCAUGAAAAUAGUAAUACGCCUCGCCUGUGGAGGAUUUAAAGGCAAGGAGAGGAGCCUAUGUGAUUGGUGAAAACAGGUCUCGGCUGUGUUAAACCGACUUCACGCCCUUUCUCCUCCCCGUUACGACUUAUGGUGCUGGGAGGAGCUGAGUUAGGGAGGGGGGAUACUUACGCCGGGCUGCGCGGCUCACCAAAAUACCAAAAUGUGCUUGGGAACGCCUUGUCAGCGCGGCGGAUCUGACUGACGCUGCACUUGCGGCACGUCUCCGGCGAGGCACCAAAAUAGAGCCCUUAGACUUUACAUUUCAGAUAUGAGUCUCACUGAGUCAUUUCACUAAGUUCUUCAGUGGCUACUGGAUGGAAAUGUACAGAAAUAUAGUUUUAUUCCAGACAACAGUGGUGAUUCAAGUUUGAACAAGACUGGAUUAAAAUAUGUUCAUAAAAAGUGGGGAAGAUAUCAGGAGAAAGUGUUCAACAUAAAACCAGCAGUCUGUUCCACAUAAAUGCAUUUGAAAAUGAUGAAUGUAAUCGCUGUAAGACUGACAUCUUCUCUUUGUCUUUAGGUGACGGUGCGAAUGAUGUUAACAUGAUCCAAGCCGCAGAUAUUGGUGUGGGAAUUUCUGGCCAGGAAGGCAUGCAGGUCUGAACAUUGUUUUGAAAAAAUGCAGCAGUUUUUUUUAUACGUUUCUCUCAAUACUGAAACCUAUUUACACCUGCAGGCCGUCAUGGCAAGUGAUUUUGCGAUAUCUCGCUUCAAACACCUGAAAAAGCUCGUCCUGGUUCAUGGGCAUUGGUGCUACUCUCGACUGGCCAACAUGAUCAUCUACUUCUUCUAUAAGAAUGUGGUAGGUCCUGUUCUGUAAAGCCCUCUUAUCAUAUUGAAUAAUCAUAAUGUCUCUGUUUGCCAUCUAACCAGACAGUGUGAUGUGUUCUCCAGGCCUACGUGAACCUGCUGUUCUGGUAUCAGUUUUUCUGCGGCUUCUCUGGCACGGCCAUGAUUGACUACUGGCUGAUGAUUUUCUUCAACCUCUUCUUCACCUCUUUGCCGCCCAUCAUGUUUGGAAUAAUGGACAAAGAUGUGUCUGCAGAGAUGCUGAUGGGUGUCCCUGAGCUGUACAGGACUGGACAAGGCAAAGGGGUCAGUGACACUCCAUAACAAAGUGUAACGAUUUAUUCUAAAAGAAAACAACUGAAUAUAUUUAUGCAUUAAAUGUGUGUGUUUUUCAGGAGUACAAUUUUGUAACCUUCUGGAUGUCCAUGCUGGAUGCUUUUUAUCAGAGCCUGGUGUGCUUUUUUAUUCCAUACUUGGUAAGACAAACAUUUGGGUUCUCCAUUUUUGAUCACACAUUGCGCAAUGAUACAUCCUCUGAGUCACCACUUAUUUUAGUGUUUUACAAUGUCUGCCAUAAAUGUGUUUGAUCCUACAGACUUACCAGGAUUCAGACAUUGAUGUUUUUACCUUUGGGACUCCCUUGAACACAAUUUCUUUGUUUACCAUCUUGCUGCAUCUGUCCAUCGAGAUCAAAGCCUGGGUGAGUGCCACACUGAUGGAUAUCUGUGUCCAGCUACAAUCUCGGUUUACUUCAACUGACACAAAACUCUUAUUUCUAGAUCAUUUCAACCAGUGUGUACUCAAAUUAUCUGUUUACUGUGCUUAAAUAAAUAAUCAAAAUGUUAUCUAAUAAUUAUCUGAUGUGCUGGUCUCACAGACAUGGGUUCAUUGGGUCAUCAUGCUGGGCAGUGUGGUCGUGUUCUUCAUAGUGACACUGGCCUACAGCGGCAUCUGCGUUACCUGCAACCCUCCAUCCAACCCGUACUGGAUCCUCCAAAGCCAGAUGGCCGACCCCAUGUUCUACCUCCUCUGCAUCAUCACGACUGUGGUGGCUCUGCUGCCCAGGUACUAUCAACGUGUCAUCCCCAGAAAAAUAUGUAUUGAGCCCGGUAUUCUAACAACCCCAGCAGUGAAGAACAGCCUACAUAGAAAUGCAGUUUCCUCAAGACCAGUUUCUUUCUGUCUAUUAAAAAAAAAUGUUUUUUUAAAUUCUCAAUAUGAAUACAAUCAGUUAAUCAGAGAAAAAAACAUUAUCUAUUCUUCAGAGCAAUUUUCAGUUGAUUGACUCAGUUUCAAAUCAAUAUUUGUUUUUCAUCAAUAUAUUGCUUUGGGUAGAUUAAUUUUAAGCCCUCCAAGUUCAACAGUUUAAAGUCUUAUUUCAAUGCAGCCUACCUACUUAUAUACCUGAUGUUCAAGGAAUAAUAAACAAAUACAACUGGAACGAGGUACAACACCAUUUUUCAGUUGACAACCAAACAAAAACCUUAUUUUCCUGGCAUGGUGAAAAUUUAUGAAAUUAGCCUACAUUAAUUUUUUAAAAUGUAUUUAUUAUUUAUUUAUCUAUUUAUGUAUUUUUUGGGAGGGGGUCUCUCAAAACUUUGGACUAAAAGCUGACAAGUCAACAGCAGAGAAGAGGUAUCUGAUGUCCUCUUCUGCAUCUGCUAAGAAUGCUAACAGAAAAAUGCUAAAGAUGUGACUUUAACAUUAGCGUUACUAACUUUUUUAAUUGCACUAAUAUUUUACAGUCACUCUAAUAAUUUUUAGAUCGAUAUUUAGCUCAGCGCUUAUGUGGUUAUAUGAAAUCCAGUAGAACGGGGGGGGGGGUCUUGUAUGACCUUUUUGGGGUUGAUUUAGGGUCUGAGGCGUGAGGAGUAAAUCCAAGGGGAUAUGAGGGCCUGUGGUUUAAGCAGGUGAGUGGUUCCCAGAGAGUGUGACAGCGUGGCAGGGAUUGGGUGGAUUGCUCGGGGACUUGCAGGGGCACUGGAAGAAAAGCAAAAAAAGACACCAGUAGGUCACAGGGGAAGCACACAAAAAUAGGCAAUAUUCAACAGGUAGCAAAACACAAGAACACUCCAGCAGAGUAGGCUGAUCUACCACAUGAGAUGCAGGAAUAAUCUGUCCGCGCAGGAAGGAAACGCCCAAUCUCUGAGAAGAGAAAAACACACACAACCCAUACAAAAAACAGGAACUCGCAAAAUAAAACCAAAAUGCCACAAUCACCACAUUUUUACAUGUUGAAAGUUUUAAAAAUACCUUUUUUAAUGCAGCCUUACUAAGGUAUGGUACAUUCAAUCGAUAACACACCUGUUCUUACUUUACUGUGAAAAAGGGAGACAAGCAACAUUUAAAGAGUUGAAUAUGAAAAAUGAAAAGAAACCUACUCUUUUAACCCUCCUUUCCCUGAUAUAAACCAAUAAACCUCACGAUUAUCUCAUGGGUGUUACAUUUCAGAGUGUUUAUUCAAUCGUUAACCACUGUAUAAUUGUGAGGUUGUUGUGUGCAUAGACAGUUUACACUGAUUUGUAAUGAAUGUUAAUGGUGAAGUCCAGGAACAACUUCAACACAGCUUGCUCUUCCUCUUGGUUGCUGAUGUGUCUGAAAGUGCUGAUAUUUAGAGGGAAUGCUCUGAUUUACAUCAAAGGGCCGCAUAUUUUUCACUGGCCUACUUUCUCACCGCCACACUCUCUCCCCCAGGUACACGUUUCACGUGCUGAGGAACUCUAUCGCCCCCACCCCACUCCUGCAAGCCAGGCAGCUGGACCGAAUGGACCCCUGCACGAGACAGCAGUGGAUAAAGGAGUGGAGGAGCUUCAGGGGCAGCGGGACGGUCAAACGCUCCAGGCUGUCCAUUCCUUCUUCUCCCACCCUGGAGACCCCUGUGGACAUUUAUCCCCAAUCUUCCACCACCUCUGACAUCAUGGGGGAUGAAUUCACACUGAAUGUCACCACUGAAAACUAUCAGAGGCCUCUACAUACAUGA